CUAAAUCAGACUUUCCUGUGCUGCUGCUGGUGCUGCUGUUCACAGGCAUGUUUCAGAUCCGGAUAUCAGACAGACUCCAGAGCUCAGACUCUUCCACAGCUCUCAGCAGGUUUUGAACUGUAUCAGCACAGCUGAGAUGGAAGUAUCUAAAGUGCUAUCAGUGUAUCAGUGAGGGCUACAGCUCUGUAGGAUCUUAUGUGGAGGAGAAAUUGCAUUGUGCUUCAAUGGCAGAAAAUCUACCCUCUGGUUUACUGGAUGCAUGUGUUGUAGUUGGCGCUUCAAAUGACAAGCUGAAGGAGGUGUGUGAGUUUCACCAGCAGGAGAAUGGGGUUCCUUUUCCCAUGCUUGACCCAGAGGUCUUACAGGUGCAUGUGCCUCCCUUCGUGAUGAAGGAGAAUCAUGCAGAACCUGGCAUAGGAAACUUCAGCCGGGUCCAGCGGAGACGUUCUUUCAUCAAGAAGAAGCAUGACAGGCGAGCGGCUUCCUCUGGGAACGCGAGGACAAGUGUGAGCUCCACUGAGGAUGUUUCUGUGCCCAAAGACCUGGACCUUGUAGCUCUGCCUCAACUGUGCUUUCCAGGAGGGCUUCAGGUUUCCAAGGAACCAAAGGAUGAUCAUUUCCACUUUCUGGUCUUCACCGAUGUCUUUGGAAACCAGACACAUGGAGUGGUUGUUCAGUAUUACAGACCGAUACAGUUAUUCCAAGACGGAUCAACGCACCAGAAUGGCCAUGUCUACAAACAUUCUCGACUUUACUCACCUUAUGGAGUUUGUAUAAUAUCGAAACACCCCUAUUACACGGCUCUGAGGGACUCGCUGUCCUGCUUGCUGGGGCAGCUGAAAACCUGUCGUCUUGCAGACCUGGAUGAGCGAGUGAAAGAGUUUUCAGCCAAACUGGCUCUGGUGCCCAUUCCUCCCCCGGGAUCACUGCAUGUGAUGUUCACCUUGCGACCCCUGACAAUCGUGCUUCCAUCAAGAGAGGACAGAGACCGCCCUGUCAUCGACCUAGACCUGCAUCUCCCAUUCCUGUGCUUCAGACCCAGAGUACUGCUGCAGAUAAUGACCAGUAUCCUGACAGAGCAGCGGCUGGUAUUCUUCUCCUCUGACUGGGCCAGGCUGACACUGAUGGCCGAGUGCUUCAUGCUGUAUAUCCACCCUCUGCGCUGGCAGCACCCACUGGUACCCACCCUCUCCCGUCAGAUGCUGGACUUCCUCAUGGCACCCACUGCUUUCCUCAUGGGCUGCCAUCUCAGCCACUUUAAGGAGGUUGCUAUGGAAACAGACGACUUGAUAUUAAUCAAUAUUGAUGAAGGGACGCUCUCAUCUGAUGUUACUAUUCCAGAAGCUCCCCGUGCAGCUGCUGAGUGUUUCAAGAGACGAAGUAAUGGCCUUCAGUUACACUAUGAUGUAGAGACAGUUCAUCAUGCAGUCUGCAUGGACAUUAAUGACCUGCGCACACAGAGGAAAAAGUGGCAGCAGAGCCUCAACUGGGAGAUUCAGAAGGUCACUCUGGAGUUUAUUGUGAAUGCCUUCAGGGAUGUCAAUGAUCACCUCAAUUAUGAGCACAGGGUCUUCAACACUGAGGAGUUUCUUAAGACCAGACAACCUGAAGACCAGCCCUUUUAUAAGAAGGUUUUGGAAACACACAUUUUUCAUUCCUUUUUAAAAGAACGCUUGAGCAGGAAGACUGAUGCCUUCACACGCAUGGAGAUCAGCACUCGAACAGAAGCCCAAAGAAUGAAAGCUGGGACUGAGAACCCUCGGAGGCCCACCAUGCAGGAGAUGGCACGCAAAUACAGCUGUCCAGAGAACCGCCUGAGUAAACGGCUAGGCAGGAGCCUUCCCAACCUGGGGGAGGAGAAGAACCUAAGCAUCCCCAGACACACCUCUCUCAAAGACAAAGUCAGCCUCGACAUCUCUCUAAAUAUCCCAGCCACUCCGGUUAAAAUCUUUAAGCUGCCAGACUUCCCUCCUCCUCUUGUCUACAACUAUGUCCACCAUUACUAUGGUGAAGUGACCCAUCAGCUAGGGAAAGCUAUGGCUCUCUCCACUGGUGACUCUUCUCUGCUGGCCAGAUAUUACUACCUCCGCGGCCUCAUCAACACCUUGAAUUCCAAGCGAAUAGAGGCUCUCAGUGAUUUUCUGAACCUGUACAAAACGGACGUUGAGCUGUUCCCGGGGGAGCUGGUGCGGACCCUGGUGGACUCUCUGCAGAAGGAGGAGAGGGUGCAGGCAGAGAAGAGGCCUGACCUGAAGAAGCUGCUGUGUAAACUGAAGAGCGAUGAGAAUAGCGAGCUGGUGUCAGAAGUACACGUGAAGAAAUUUGUGCUGCCUAAAAGCUCCAUGCAGCUGGAGGAGUUUGUAAAGUGCAUUCAGGAGUCGGGCAUUGUCAGAGAUAUUGACACCAUCCACAGACUGUUCACAGCCCUCACUGAUGGUCAGCAUAAGGUAAUAGAUCCAGAUACAUUUCGAGUUUUUUAUACGUUCUGGAAGGAGACGGAGGCAGAGGCCCAAGAUGUUCACCUGCCGUCUGAAGUCAUUGAGCAUCUGGAUAAUAAUGAGUGUGUGUACAAGCUGUCCAGCUCUGUUAAGACUAAUCACGGUGUGGGGAAGAUUGCCAUGACACAGAAGAGGUUGUUCCUGCUGACCGAGGGCAGGCCAGGAUAUGUAGAGAUCACCAAGUUCAGAGACAUUGAGGAAGUGAAGAUCUCUGCAGCUCCGUUUCUCCUACUGAAGAUCCCCUCUCUGAAGAUUAAGAGCAGUCUGAGGAAGGAGUAUUUCGAGGCCAAUCUGAAGUCGGAGUGUGAUCUCUGGAGCCUGAUGAUCAAAGAGAUGUGGGCCGGCAGGAGAAUGGCCGAUGAUCACAAGGAUCCUCAGCAUAUGCAGCAAGCCUUGACUAACGUUCUCCUCAUGGAUGCUGUGGUGGGGUGUCUACAGUCAACGAAGGCCACACUGGCUGCCUCUGGUUUGGCCUACUAUGAUAAGAUGAAAAGGGAUGCAACUGUGAUUGUGCCUAAAACCACAGUGGAGACUCUGAAGCACCGGAUAAACCCAUCCCUGUGUAUGACCACACCACAGACUGUACAUGUGCUGCUGUACACUCCAGGUCAGUUGUAUUCCUCAGACUGUGACCUAGAUGGGAAUCCCAAGCUCUGGUGUGCUCUUGGGAAUGGGACAGUUGUAGUGUUUGAUGCUGCUAGCUGGUCCAUGCAACAGAACUGCAUACAAAUAGGAACUAAACCACUGAACUGCAUGCUGGGAUUGGACCAGGAGCAGGUAUGGAUUGGCUCUCAGGAUUCUGAGAUUUAUAUCAUCAACACUCGCAGCAUGUCUUGUCAUAAGCAGUUGACUGACCACAGGGCUGAGGUGAUGGAUUUUGCUCUAGAAGAGAAGACCAGUAGGUUCAGUCAAACUCAGGUGUACUCCUGUAGCGCUGAUGGCUUUGUGAUAGUUUGGGAUGUUCUUACUCUGAAGGUGAAGAAACAGUUUCAUCUGGAUUGUGAGGGACUGGCCUUUAUUAACCUUCAUAAUGGAACGUUAUGGUGCGGUGCCCGAGACUGUAUCAUGGAGGUGAAGAAGAAUGGAUCACUUCAUCGUAAGCUGUCUAUACCUGAAGCUGUGAUGAGCACAAACACUUCUUUCAGUAGCUUCUUGCUGGUAGUUGAGAGAGGGGACAUUUGGACCAGCUUCACAGAUUCAGGGGAGCUGUAUGUGUGGACCGUAACAGACCUGACUACACCAUCCAGCAGGGUCACACUCCCAGAAUGCACUGGAGUGACAUGCAUGAUAAGAGUUAAGGACCAGAUCUGGGUGGGCUGUCAUAACAGUGGUCCCAAGCAGAGUGGUGCAAGAGGGAAGAUUUUCGUGUUGGACUCUGAGAGCUGCAGUGUUCAGAAGGAGUUGCAGGCUCAUACAGACAGCGUUCAAGCUCUGUGCUCUGCCGAGGACCGAUACGUACUAAGUGGCUCCGCUAAACGUGAUGGUAAAAUUGCCAUCUGGAAAGUGGAGUAGAGAGAAAGAGAUCUAGUCUAAAUGGCCUUGCUGUGAGACAAUGAAGAGCCAUUUUUCCCAGCUUAGCAGACACAGACACAUUCGACAUGCCUCAGUAGAAGGCAACAGGCUACAGGGUCUUAAACUCUGACGAAAUGACAGAAGAAGACGGAGCCUUAAUUAGGACCCUAUGUUUAAAUCUUUUUUAUUAUUUCCAAAUUCUGUCCACCCAUGUUUUCAUUUUUUCUAGAUCUUUUAAAUUUUAAGCCUCAAUUCUUCCACUGCGUCUGUGUUCCACAAUGCAGUAAUCAUAGCGCCCUACUUGUUGUAUGCUGCUAAGACGUUUAGAGAAACAUUUAAAAAGCGUUUAAAAAGUAAAAACAAGUAUUUGAUGAUGUAAAAUUCUGUAAAUAUGUAUAUACUGUAUAUUAUCAUGGUACUUUGUUGAUAUAUUUUUAAAAAGACAUUAUUCAAUCAACAGAUCAUCUCCAUUAUCUGUAAAUGUUGAUUAACAUAAACAAAAAAUUGACUGUUUCUUGCUAUUUAAGCAGGGUCAAAAACUGACCACUGUUGGAGAAUCAUCAUUCUCAACAUCCAGACUUACGUCAGGCCUUCAGGACCAAAAGCAGCCCAGGCAAGGCCAGUAUGACACAUUUGUCACUAGUUUGAACAGAGUUUUUGUAUGUGCCGCCUCCUUAUUUCUGUGGAAACUGUUGCUCUAUUCAUGUCCGAGUAUGACUGCUGUUUCUGGAUCUGGAAUUAUCCUUCAAACAUCUUGAAUAGAAUCAGUAUAUUCAGAAAGAAUCUAGUCCAAUUUGGCAUUGUGACUCAUUAUGAAUUCAGGCUGCAUUUCCCUCGCCCAUGUGGAACGCACUGAUUGGCCACUCUCGCAGUCGGGCGUGGGAGGCUGCCCGUAACACUAGAGACCCCCAGACCAGCACUUCAAAACUGACAUGUCAAUGGAAGGAAUUUUUGGGAUGUGUCCACUAGACAAUGCAGACACACAUCUGCAUCUUCCCCCAGAGCUUACGGGUGUAUAGAUAAUAGCCAUGCUGUUACACUGCAGCAUUUCGUGUUAAUCAGAGUCUGAGAGACGUGGGGGGAGAAACAAUGCUCUUUUAAGUGAUGGAUUUUAUGGUCUUUGUUGAAAAAAUGAGGACGUUUCUGAAAGGGACGCCAUAUUAAAUGCCAUACAUUUCUUUAUACAUUAUAUUAGUUAAAUAUUGUGUGUUAUAUGGUAAAAAAAAAAAAAAAAAGUUCCUAGGGUUCUAAACAUGAUUAAGUUCUAUGUAUCUCUUGAUCCUAGUCUACAAACUAGCUUUGGAUAUCUUAAGUAACUUUGAAGCACUGUUGUAAGUCGCUCUGGAUAAGGGCAUCUGCUAAAUACCGUAAAUGUAAAUGUAUACUGUAUAUGAAUGUGUAUAUAUAAUAUAUGUACACUGUAUUCCCUGAAGUUGUUUCCAAUGUUUCUUCUCAAAUCUAGAAUAAAACACUAUUCAUUCAAAUGGAGAAAAUUUAACAUAGCAAAAACAUGGACCACUUGGAAAGCGACAGGAACACUUGGAUGUGACAGAAAGAGAAAGCAAUCAUUGGCUGCCACCAGAUUUCUGAAGAGGCAGGUGAUCAGACAU